AUGUUCUUCGCUUUAAUUACACUUGACCUGAUUCUUCGCCUGAUGAUGAUUGAGCCCAGGGCUGUCGCACGGACUGUUGGUUCCGAAGAUAGCGAAUCGGAACAUUGGUCUAUGUUUGAACAACAAUAUGAGAUCAAUAAUGUGCUAGCUGCCAGUGAAGUUGUAGCCCCACUAGAUCAGGGUCAGCACCGCGAGAAGAAUUCAAAGUGGCACCCGAACUUUCUUGAAAUCUUUAUGUCUCCAAGAUUCAGCUUUGCCGUCGUCGCAACAAUAUGUCUGAUCACAGUCAUCACAUCCUUCGACGGCGCACUUUUGUUAUAUGUUGAUGACUUGUUCGGGUUCUCGUCUCUAGAGACUGGACUUUUAUUUCUCGCAUUGGCUGGACCUGCUUCUAUCCAACCACUCAUUGGACGACUGGUGGACCGCUAUGGUGGACGCUUCAUUGGUGCCGCUGGAUUUCUGAUAAGCUAUCCAGCCUUUGUGUGUAUGAGGUUUGUUGACAAAAAUUCCACAGAGGCCAAGAUUCUGUUGGUUUCUAUGUUGGUUAUCAUCGGUGCUUCUAUCUCGGCAACGAUUCCUGUUUAUAUGGCCGAAGUCAGCUGCGUAGUGUUGGACAAAAGGAGUGCGCAGGAUAAUAUACCCAAUUUUGCGCAAGCUUAUUCUCUAUAG